AUGGCGAAAUACGAAGCCCAACAUGCGAAUCCCUCGGGUCCUGGUGAUACUCGACCAACGGCUGUCCAAAUUGUACAGGACGAAGAGCUCAUCGGUAAACUGACGGACAAAGUUGCAUUUGUCACUGGUGCCAACCAGGGGAUUAGCCUCGAAAUCGCCCGGGCACUUUACGUCACUAGGGCUACUGUUUUCCUUAGAGUCAGGGAUCUAAACAAAGGCCAGGAAGCAAUAGCCAAGAUCUUAUCAACCAGCGACCAUAAAUUCCCAAAUACUUUACAGGCAGUUGAACUAUCGCUCGACUCACUGGAAUCGGUCAGGAAAGCCACUGAGACAUUUCUUACGAAAAGUAAGCAACUCAACCUUCUCAUUCUCAAUACUGGAGUCAUGGCCACACCACUUAGCAAGACGAAAGACGGAUUCGAAACUCAAUUUGGCAUCAUCCACCUAGGACACUUCCUGCUCGCAAAUUUGUUGAUCCCCACACUCAUACAGAGUAGCACUCCACAAUUCAUAUUGAGAGACUCAUACGAUCCCUGGGUCUCUUAUAUCCAGUCGAAGACGGCUAACAUCUACUUUGCCAACGAACUAGAGAGACGAUACGGGACAAAAGGUGUACAUAGGAUAUCGAUGAAUCCGGGCAACUCGACCACGAUCCUGGACCAGUACCUGGACCAGCAAACUAUUGAAGACGCGAAAAAAAACACAGAACUGAUGUCGUAUUUUAAAAGCCCCGAACAAGGUGCAGCCACAGCUAUAUAUGUAGCUAUCGGCCGAGAGUGGGAGGGGCGUGGCGCUAUCUAUCUCGCAGAAUGCUCACAGCAGGGGCCGACUAAGUCUCAAAAUCCGCUAGACACCCAAGAUCAGGGUUACGCCAGUUGGGCUUUCAAUGAACCCGACGCAGUGAAGCUUUGGGAAAUUUCUUCAGAGCUUGUUGGACUAGAACGUAUCCACAAUAGCAGCGAUUGA